CCUUUCUCAUUGCAGAAUUUCAACUCUCUCUAUUAGUAUAGAGACUUAUGGACUUUAAAAAGUUUCUCUAUAACUCUCUCUAUUCAUCCCAUGUAGCCUAUUAACCGAUUGCCUAAGCCAAACUAUCCCCCACAAGCCGAAUAUUUUGUAGUUUCCACCAUGGCUUCCUUUCAUAUCUUCUUCUCCAUCUCCUUCUUAAUCUUGUUCUUCCUAUGUCACAUAGCAACAAGCCAAAAUUUUUGCCAAACUUCAUCUUGCGGUGACAACGGUUUUCUACCUAUUAAAUUCCCUUUCCAACUAAAUACAACUCAAACCAAAGGUUGUGGCUAUCCAGGAUUCAAUCUCUCAUGCAACACCAAAAGCCAAACAAUUCUUACUCUACCUUAUUCCGGGGACUUCAUAGUCCAAGAUAUCGACUAUAUUAACCAAUUUCUAGUUAUCACCGACCCAGAUCACUGCCUUCCCGAACGGUACCUAAAAAACUUUACCCUAUUGGACUCUCCUUUCCAAUUUAUGAGUACAGGGUAUAAUUUAACCUUCUAUAAUUGCUCCUCCAAUGUAAACAUAUUUGGGGCUGGCCCAAUUGAUUGUGUUAAAAAUAGCGAUAACUAUUCGGUUUGGAUGUCACCAAGUUUUUACUAUGGUGAUCUGGUACCAGCCUCAUGUAGUGUUUUAUUGAAUAGUACUAUGCUACCUUUGUUAGCACCAAAAUGGGUCGGGUUGGUUUGGAGUGAGCCCAAUUGUGGAGACUGUGGUGGAGACUGUGGAUGCUAUAACUAUAAUGUUCAAAGUAGAUCAAGCGAUUCAAGCUCAGGCACCGUUACUGGUCUUCCAAGGAGUGCCAAGUAUGGCAUAAUCAUAGGCGUGGGAAUACCUGGACUACUGUGCUUCAUUGGCCUCGGAUGUUUCAUAUGUGGUAGAGUUCGGGUUUAUGCACGCAGACGCCACCCCAACACACAACUCUCCACCUCUAUCGCUCCACACCGGUCUGUUGUUUUAGUGGGUCUAGAUGGGCCCACAAUAGAGUCGUUUCCAAAGAUACUACUUGGUGAGAGCAAACGAUUACCCAAGCCCAAUGACAACACUUGCCCUAUCUGUUUGUCUGAGUAUCAAGCCAAGGAAACAUUAAGGACUAUACCGGAGUGCAAUCACUACUUCCAUGCUAAUUGCAUAGAUGAGUGGCUAAAAAUGAAUGCAACAUGCCCUCUUUGUCGGAAUUCACCUGAUCAGUCCGCUCUAACUUCUCCUUCAUCGUCAUUGUCAUCAUCUUCAUCAUCAUUAUUAUCAUCAUAAAAGAUUGUGUUCUCCAUUGUAUAUAAUAUGUUCAAGUCGAAUUGAGGAAAUAAUUGUUAUGUGUAAUAAAUAAUUUUUUUAUAGGAAAAUUUAUGUCAAUUUUUGCUAUUGUAGAUAAAUUUGGAGUCGAAGAUAUGGGAAUACCACUAGAAGAGAUAGAUUCAAGUAUAGUGAUUUGUAUUAUUUAUUGUAUUUUAUGAUUGUGCUUUGUUUGCCAUACUAUAUAUGUACGUUUUGGUCUUUUUCAA